AUGGAAGCAGUGAACGUCCAGACGCCGGAGAAGUUAGUGGAGGCUCUUGGUCAGGGUUUCGGGGUUACAUUGAACAACAGUGAUUGCUUACAGUGUGUAGAAUCUAAUGGCUUUUGCGGAUAUGAUUCCAACUCUGGAGGAUUCGUCUGUGUUUGUGAUGAUAAGCCAUACCUUCAUACUUGUCCAAGAACAUGUAAACCCAUUCUGAUGGAUCAUAAUCUUGUUAAAGAAAUUCAGUCAGCUUUCUAUAUUGACAAGAUUUAUUUGCUUGGGGGUUGCUGCAGGUACCAAGUUAAUGAAAACAGUUCUCAUAGAAAGGUAAGAAAAGAUCUGAGAAACAAUCUGAACCUGGAGGCCGUAAAUCAGAACCUCGAGCAGUUUAUAUCGUUGAAACGAUUUAGUUAUACGGAGAUAAAGGAAAUCACCAAGUCAUUCGAACUUGUCGUUGGAAGAGGCGGGUUUGGAACCGUAUAUAGAGGAAACCUUCCAAAUGGCCUUGCGGUUAAGGUCUUGAAGAACACAAAGGGAAAUGGCGAAGAAUUCGUCAACGAAGUCUCGAGCAUGAGCAAAACAUCUCACGUAAACGUCGUUUCUCUGCUCGGCUUCUGCUGCGAAAGGUCGAUGCAAGCGAUCAUAUACGAGUUCUUGGAAAACGGGUCCCUGGAUAGGUUUAUAUCGAGAAAAUCCCAGCCGAGUAUCGAUCUCAGAACACUGUAUGGGAUCGCGCUAGGAGUUGCUCAUGGUCUGGAGUACUUACACCAUGGAUGCGAGACAGGGAUUGUCCAUUUCGACAUAAAACCUCAGAACAUACUCCUGGGUGAGAAUCUCUGCCCGAAAGUUUCGGAUUUCAGGCUGGCAAAGCUCUGCGAGGAGAAAGAAAGCAUCUUGUCGCUACUAGACGCGAGAGGGACGAUAGGGUACAUUGCUCCAGAGGUUUUAUCGAGAAUUUACGGAGGAGUAUCUCACAAAUCGGAUGUUUACAGUUACGAAAUGCUGGUUCUUGAGAUGAUCGGUGCAAGAAACAGAGAGAGACCCGAAACUUGUGCGUCCAACACAAGUUCAAUGUACUUUCCGGAUUGGAUUUAGGAUCUCGAGAAAAGGAACUGUACGAGGUUUCUUGAGGGAGACAUAACCGAAGAGGAAGAGAUUGGGAAGAAGAUGAUACUUGUGGGUUUAUGGUGUGUUCAGUACUGUCCAUCAGAUCGGCCGCCGAUGAACAAAGUGGUGCAGAUGAUGGAAGGAAGUGUCGAUGCUAUUACAGUACCUCCUAAACCGGUUUCCCAGUUUCCUGGAGCUUCUUCUCUGACAUAA